AUGAUCGCGAAACCAGGCUUCCGCGGUCUCUCGAGUCCCGUCAAUCGAUCUAGACGUCUUCCUACUACCAUCGGAGCCAUUGUAUUCUUCAUAAUGUGUCUCUCCUAUCUCCUCUUCUCCAUUGCACCUUGCCUGGUCUACGGCAACUGUUAUCGGGGCUAUUUGAGCGCUUACAGCUUCGAUGCUGACUUGGCUCACAACCCAACCUGGAUGGCUGAGAUCCCCGACGAUGUAUACCUCACGAGCCUCAGUAUACCAGGAACGCACGAUACCAUGACCUACGAGAUAGAAACAGAGGUCCUGCAGUGCCAGAAUUGGAACUUAACAAUGCAGUUGGAAGCGGGUCUUCGCUACUUUGACAUCCGCGCUCGUGUGCGCGACGAUGAGUUGCACAUCUACCAUGCCAAUGGAUAUACUGGAUUUAGCUUCGAGGAUGUUAUUGGCUACAUGAACGACUUCUUGGACAGAAAUCCAUCCGAGACUAUUGUUAUGCGUCUCAAGCAGGAAGGUGGUCGCAUUGGAGACAACAACACCCUGUCAUUUGAAGACGCCUUCAACCAAUACCCUCUUGGGGAUAGACUCUACAACUACAGCUCUACUGCUCCCCUGCCAACGCUCGGAGAACUUCGCUCCAAGAUCUUUGUGCUUGAAAACUUCCCAGCUAGGCACGGAGGACCUUAUGGCCCCAAGUGGGAGGGUCCUCAGAUGGUGCUCGAAGACAAGUGGAUCAUCCCCGAUAUUUACCAUCUUUCCGAGAAGUGGACUGCGAUUCGUGAUGCGCUCGAGCUCGCGGCAACAGCACCUCUAGACAACGAGAUCCUCUAUCUCGCUCAUAUCUCAGCCUCUGUGGGCGUCUUGCCGAUCGAAGCUGCGGCUGGACCAAUGAAUCGCACUGUCACUGGGAUGAACGAUAUGACGGGCCAAUGGAUCAAGGAUUUUGAAGAGAACCCAGACACGAGCCGCACCGGAAUUGUCAUUAUUGAUUUUCCAGGACGGAAGUUUAUUGAGGCCAUCCUUCGGUGGAAUAACUCAUUAAAGAAAUAA